ACCUCUCUCUCUCUUCUUCAUUCCCUCCCUUUUUAACCCUACUCUUUUGAAACCCUAGAAUUCCAAACCCUAGCGAUCCAAUCCCUCCUCCCCCGACUCCUCUCCCCUCCCAAUUCCCCUCUCCUCUCGCGCCUCCCCUCCUCUCCUCUUCGUCCCCUUCGCGCCGACCCACGCCGCGCUCGGUCCCGUCUCCUAGGCCCCCGCGACCUUGAAACCCUAGUCGAAUUGGUCCCCGAGCUCGCUUCUUCGCUCUUGCUCCCCAGGACGAGUCGGUGCUUUGCAUGAAGGUGGGACCUUGCUGGCUCCUUUUCUCCACGGGGACGGGGACGGUGCUAGGGCAUCGGUGGUGAGGGGAGGAAUCUUGUUUCGAGGCCUUUUCUCGGGCCCUUUUGCUAACUAGGUUCGGAAUUUGCGUGCUCUUGAUUCUAGGGUUCCCCUUUCCCCGAGCUCUGUGGUCGAAUUGGGGUGGUGCACUUGUUUGAGCUAGUUGGGCAGUGGUGUGCAGUUACAGAAAUGUGGUAAAUGGCGGUGCCCUCGUGCUCGGAGGGCGAUUCGGUAGAUACUGAGUAAGAGGUAGAAGUAGUAGUAGUAGUUCUUUUUGUUGUUGAGGGGGGGGUGGUAGGUUUUAGUUAUAGUGGUGAAUUGGGAGUUGGUGGAUUUGUUGGUGCAACGGUGGUAUUGGCAAGGAGAUGAAUUGGAUAUGAGUAGACUCUCAAUUAGGCCUCGUCCCCUCGACAUACACAAGAAGAUCGCUAUCGUUAAAUCCAUUAAAGAGUUCGAGGAUGAUGAGGUGCCCCGCAAUUCCGUGGUGCUGCGGUCAGAAGCUGAAGCUGAGGUACCUCAAGUUCCUAGCAAGAAAAGUGCUCAAGAAAUACCUACUCCACAGUUCAGUGUUGUGGAAACAUACGAAAGAGAUUAUUCUCGCACCUUCGCACAACCUACAUCAUAUGUACGUGGAAGAGGAGCCAGGGCUGAGAUUGGCGAAUUUGUUGAGUAUGACUUGGACAAUGAAGAUGAGGACUGGCUUGAAGAGUUUAACACUGAGAAGAAGAUUCUUACACAUGAAAAAUUAGAGAACCUUCUAUUUAAGUUGGAAGUGUUGGAUCAUAAGACUCGAGAAAGGGCAGGCAUUAUAACGCCCACCUUCGGAUCACCUAUUCCAGUUCUUUUGCAGCUAGAUGCUGCUAUGGAGGCUUUGCAAUCCUUAUCUGUGCGAUAUUCAGUUUGUCAGUCUGUAUUUAACUACUGGAGAGCAAAGCGAGAGCGGUGGCAAAAGCCUAUUUUGCGGCGAUUGCAGCCACCUCCGCCAGUCAAUGACACGAACCCAUACAAUGUAUUUAGACCAAGAGAAAAGGCCCCUCGUCUCCACACAAGAAGGAUGCAAAGGAGGGAAAACAAUGUUCAAUCCUUUGAAAAACUUCGGCUGGUUAGGCGUAACUUGGACCAGGCAAAAACUUUAUUGGAGGCAUUGAUCAAGAGGGAAGAAAGGAAGCGAGAAAUCAUGGAAUGCGAGGUCAGCCUUCAGCGCAUUCAAAUGAAAUAUAAGAACGAGGCGCAGCUUGUUGAAGAUGGGAUGGCUUUGUCAGGAUUCCAACCUGUUUCCAGCAAGUUUGGGUCGAGCGAAGAUGAUUACAUGGACUCAGAUGACACAGCAAACGGUCGAGCCUAUGCUCGGCCUGCGCUUGCCCAUCCAGUGUUGCCAGAUUCGCAGCUUACGACCGUACGCAUAAAACGAGAGUUCAAACGGAGACCUCUACUAAAUGGAUGGCUACAAAAGAGGGAUCCAGAAGAGCCAGUUUUGUUAUUCACAAGACCACUGGAUCCCGAUAAACUGGCCGCCGUAGGAAUAAAACCGCCGCCAGAUCCUGCGGCCGAGAACGGCUCCUCCACGCCGCCGUACCGCUUCCACGGCCGGAUCGGCCGCGGGGGUCGCAUCAUCUUCGAUCGGUACAACCCUCUUCUCGGCGCUCCGGUCGCGCAGACGAGCUCCGCCCCGUAUCUACCGCGCAUGCCGAACGGUUAAAGGCCCAAAACUACAUGCUGCUUCAGCUUUCUACGUAUAUUUAAAAUGAUUCAGCUGCUGGAGAGAAGGGAAAAGCCAAAAUCAGAUCAUGGGAUUGGGUUUAGAAAUGUGACGAAGGAAAAAUGAAUGUAUGUUGGGGCAUCUUUCGCAGCUUUGUCGAAAAAACAGGGGAGUAAAUUGCGAGUGCGCGGUUAGAAAUAGGGGCUUUAUUGCAAUGCUCAAAAGAGAUUUUAACACUCCCCCUUCACCAUUGUACAAUUAAUUUACGUCGUAGGUCAUAAGCUUAGAGCAUUAUUUUUCUCCAAAUUUUCCGCUUGUAUUGGUCUCUAUUUAAUCUCAUGCUCUCUUAAUCUUAUUCAUCAUUCAGAAAGGGGAUGAUCCAUUUGUUGUGAUAGUAGGGUUUUUUUUUCCCCCCUUUUUCUUAAAUUAAAAAUAUUUGCUUUUAGGGGAUAGUUUGUGUUGGAAAUUUAUCAAGAUCUAGUAACAAAUUAUUUACUAGGUUUUUUUUUUAAUGUAGUGUUUGUAUAAAGCUGUGUUGUCAAUGUUGUAGCAAGAUAAUCUUAUUAUUA